AUGAGCUGUCAGAUCUCGUGCAAAUCUCAAAGAAGAGGAGGAGGAGGAGGAGGAGGAGGAGGAUUCCGGGGCUUCAGCAGUGGCUCAGCUGUGGUCACUGGUGGGAGUCGGAGGUCGACCACCAGCUUCUCCUGUUUGAGCCGCCAUGGUGGUGGCAAAGGCGGAGGUGGCUUUGGUAGCCGGAGCCUGGUUGGCCUGGGAGGAUACAAGAGCAUCUCUACUAGCGUGGCUGGCUACGGUGGUGGACUUGGCUUCGGAGGAGGUGGCUUUGGAGGAGGCAGAGGAUUUGGAGGUGGCAGCAGCUUCGGAGGAGGCAGAGGAUUUGGAGGUGGCAGUGGCUUCGGAGGUGGCAGUGGCUUCGGAGGUGGCAGUGGCUUCGGAGGUGGCAGCUUUGGAGGUGGUGGUAGCUUUGGAGCUUUGGGGGGACCUGGUGGCUCCAGGCCUGGAGGAUUCCCUGGUGGCUCCGGGCCUGGAGGAUUCCCUGGUGGAGGCAUCCAUGAAGUCUCUGUCAACCAGAGCCUCCUGCAGCCUCUGGAUGUGAAAGUUGACCCAGAGAUCCAGAAUGUGAAGUCGCAGGAGCGCGAGCAGAUCAAAGACCUCAACAACAAGUUCGCGACCUUCAUCGACAAGGUGCGCUUCCUGGAGCAGCAGAACCAGGUGCUACAGACCAAAUGGGAGAUUCUUCAGCAGUUAGAUGUGAGCACCCGCACCACCCGCCUGGACCCCAUCUUCCAGGCCUACAUCGGCAUGCUCAAGAAACGGGUGGACAGCCUCUGUGCAGAAAGAACCUCACAGGAUUCGGAGCUGAACAACAUGCAAGACCUUGUAGAGGAUUUUAAGAAGAAGUAUGAGGAUGAAAUCAACAAGCGUACAUCGGCUGAGAAUGAUUUUGUGACACUUAAAAAGGAUGUGGAUGGCUGCUACAUGGACAAGGUAGAGCUGCAGGCCAAGGCAGACAUUUUGAACCAGGAGACUGAAUUCCUGAGGACACUCUAUGAUGCGGAAGUGUCCCAGCUCCAACAGACUGUCACUGACACCAAUGUCAUCCUGUCCAUGGACAACAACCGGACCCUGGACCUGGGCAGCAUCAUUGCUGACGUUCAGGCCCAGUAUGAAGAGAUCACUCAGAAGAGCAAGAGUGAGGCUGAGGAGCUCUACCAUAGCAAGUACGAGGAGCUCCAGAUCACUGCUGGGAAGCAUGGGGAGAGCUUGAAAGAGCUCAAGAUGGAGAUCAGCGAGCUGAACCGCACAAUCCAGAGGCUGCAAGCGGAGAUCUCACAUGUGAAGAAGCAGUGCAAGAAUGUGCAAGACUCCAUUGCGGAUGCCGAGCAGCGAGGCGAGCAUGCCAUCAAAGAUGCCAAGACCAAGCUUGUGGACCUGGAGGACGCCCUGCAGCAGGCCAGGGAGAACCUGACCCGGCUGCUGCGAGACUACCAAGAGCUGAUGAAUGUCAAGCUGGCGCUUGAUUUGGAGAUCGCCACCUACCGCAAGCUGCUGGAGGGCGAGGAGUGCAGGAUGUCUGGAGAAUUCAGCAGUAAUGUGUCUGUGUCUGUAACAAGCAGCACCAUUUCUUCAAAUGUGGCAUCCAGGGCUGGCUUUAGUUCUGGAGGCCAAGGUUCUGGAGGAAGGGGAUCCAGUUAUGGCGGCAGCGGCGGAGGUUACAGCUCUGGAAGUAGCAGUUACGGCUCUGGAGGCAGAGGAUCUGGCUCCAGAAGUGGUGGUGGGGGAGGCGGCGGCUCCAGAGGAGGUUCUGGUUCUGGAGGCUUCAGCUCCGGAGGAGGCUCCAGAGGAGGUUCUGGUUCUGGAGGAUUCAGCUCUGGAGGAGGCUCCAGAGGAGGUUCGGGUUCUGGAGGAUUCAGCUCUGGAGGAGGCUCUGGAGGAGGCUCCAGAGGAGGUUCUGGAGGAUUCAGCUCUGGAGGAGGCUCUGGAGGAGGCUCCAGAGGAGGUUCUGGAGGAUUCAGCUCUGGAGGAGGCUCUGGAGGAGGUUCCAGAGGAGGUUCUGGAGGAUUCAGCUCUGGAGGAGGCUCCAGAGGAGGUUCUGGUUCUGGGGGAGGAGGUUCCGGCUCUGGAGGCUUCAGCUCUGGAGGAGGCUCUAGCUCUGGAAAGGGUGGCUCAGAGGAAGGUUGUGGUUCAGGUGUGACCCUCUCUUUUAGAUAA